AUGACCACGGAGAGUUUUGCUGAGUUCCUGAAUAAGCUCAAGGAAAUCCAUGAGAAAGAGAUCCAAGGUCUGCAAAGCAAACUGGCGGAGCUGACAACGGAGAAGUGCCGUGAUGCUCAAAGAAUUGAAGAGUUAUUUGCCAAAAAUCACCAAUUAAGGGAACAACAGAAGGUCCUUAAAGAAAACGUAAAGGUGUUAGAAAACAGGCUGCGAGCGGGUCUCUGUGACAGAUGCAUGGUCACCCAGGAGCUGGCGAAAAAGAAGCAGAAUGAGUACGAGAGCUCCCAUUUCCAGAGCCUGCAGCACAUCUUCAUCCUCAGUAAUGAGACAAACCGCCUGAGGGAAGAGAACAAAACUCUCAAGGAAGAGCUGAAGAGGAUCCGGAGCCUGGAGGACAGGACAAAGCACCCAGGAGUGACCUCCAGAGAAAGCAGCUCCACCCCCAGCUCCCCCUUGGCUUUACAGUCCCAAGUGAGCAGGAACACCAGCGGAGAGAAAGCAGCUCACAGGGGAGCAGAAGAAGCCCACCAUAACGUGCAGGGUCUCGAGCUGGAAGAAGAAAAGCCUGCAGGACACAGAAGCUCUCCAAGCAGAAGGACUUCCCCAAGCAGUGUCCUCCAAGAAGUCAGCCUUGCGGAAAUUGCAUCCCAGAGGGUCUCCAACCAGCUGCAUGGGACCAUCGCCCUGGUGAGACCCGGCUCCACGCCCUGCCUCCUGGAGAAAAGUCCUCUGGGGACAGCGGCAUCCCCACCAGCAAGGAAGACUCCUCUCCCACCAGAACGCGAGCACAGUCCCAGCCUUGAGGCUUAUUUAACAGCAAGCAAACCGUACUCCCCCAAGGUUGCUCCAUCCUACGAAAACCUAAAAAUGACCACCCGGAGAGAGCAGCUCUGCCUCCUCCAAAAGCACCUUUCCCUGCACCAGCUGGGGCUGGCAAGCAACUGCGUCUCACCAGACCGGGACGGCAGCAGCUUCUCCAGCCAUUUGCUUCGGGCCAAGGAUGUGGAUGGCCAGACACGGUCGCGUGAUGGCUGGGAAGACCACACAGCCUUGCUGAAGCUCCCUGCCACCAUGGUGUAUGUGAGGGAUCAGCACCUGGAGGAGAAGCUGCACCUCCUCAAGCACAGGGAGCGGCUGCAACAUCUCCUUAUGCAGCAGUGCCAGCCAGGCCAGCGGGCAGAUGAAGACAUAAAACCUGCGCCCAAGGAGCGGUCCCUUUCCCCAUGGCCCAACAUCACGAUGGGAUGCAAGGAGGAAAGGUCCUUUCUGGAGGACGCCAUGGAUGGGAAGGAAGAGAAAGAGCUUUGGCUGAGCCGUGAUGGCUCUGAACUCCAAGAAAAGGCAGAGGCGGCGAUGGAUGAUGGUGCAGAUGGGCCACUGGAUCUGUCGGACUCCAGCCGAGGCAAGGAAAUGGGCUGGCACAACCGCCGGGAGCUGCGGGGGGCCGGCAGCCCUCGGCUGAGCCCUCAGGAGAGCCUUGCUGUGCCGGCAACCCAUGGCCCCUGUGGGAGUCACAGGGCAGAGCAGGACAACUUGCACUUGCCCUACCACUGGCCCAACGCUGCCCGGGUACUGCCUGGGGCUGUCAAGGAGGAGGAGGAAGAUGAGGAGGAGGAGGCAGCUGUGCUCGCGCUCUCACUGGCACGUCCGACAAACAAGUCCAUGUCGAGCGACCCAGAGACCCCUCCAGAGACCAGGGUGAGACUGGCUGGUGGUGCACAGGAGGAAGAACCAGAUGAUGAUGAUGCUGAGUCUGGGAAUCAGGAAUCCGAGGAGGCAGACACGACAGACAGCGAGGUAGCUGCCUCAUACGAAGAUGGUAUCCUCCAAGAAGCCCAGGCUGAUGGGAAGUAUUUUUGCACCAAAGACAAACCUCAUGCGCUGCCAAAGAAGAGAAAAAGGGGACAGGAUUCUUGGACAAAAGGAGCUCAGAAGUCAAUGAGAGGAAGAAAGAAAGUCAAAGCAGAGCAAGGCUCAGCAGGGAUCGCGAAGGAACCAGAGAACUGCUCCCCUUCCCACAAUGACACCUCUGAGGAGAGUUAA